GAAUUGGACAUCAAUUUGCUGGAUACGCUGGCGAGUUUAAAUACAGAACCCCGUGGUGACUAAGUCUACAAGAUAUGCUCAUCCUUUCCGCCUUCACAUUUUUCUCGCGAGGUCCACCCCGGAUGUGAAGCCUCGUUGUAUAAAUAGCCAUCACUUAAGAACAGUUAGUAUAAUUUUGCUGUCUUUGGAGGAAACGCCACCGAAGCAGACAGAACGGACUCCAUCUAUUUCGAAAAUACGUUUAUCAAAAUUAAGGUAAUUUGUCAGUUUUGCGGUAUGAUUUUAAGGAUAUAUUGGAUAAGAAAUAACUUUGGAAAGACAAGUAAAUAUCAAAGAGCAAAUAUGGCGGCCUGCUUGAGAACUGUGUUUGCGAUAGUACUUCUGGCAAAACUAGGAGUUAUUGAAUCACAGAAGUUGCCCGAAAUGUCAUCGGCGCUAAUGAAUCGAUUGAAAGCGUGUACGAUUAACAUGUGUCUGGCCAUAGACGCAUCUUCCAGCUUAACACAGAAGCAGAAGAACAAGCUGACAGGCUGGGAGCACGAAAAACGCUUCGCACAAGACCUUGUCUCUCGAAUCGCCGAAUUCGGACAAGACGUGAGAGCCCAUUAUGCCGCCGUGACGUUCAGCAAUCGCUUUCGCACUGAGCUGCGUUUCUCGGAUUCCCAGGCAACGCAGAACGUUUUGUACCGGUUUCGCCACAUGCAGCUCCUCCGCGGUGAGACAUUCACGGGGGACGCCAUGAUGAGAUGCAGGGAACUGAUUUUGAAAGGAAACGACCAGCGUUUCAGUUUCAAAGAUCGAGGUCAGAAUCGGAACGUGACGCAGGCUGUUCUCGUUCUGACUGAUGGCGUCAGUACCAAAGGGAAAGGAAAAGGUCGUUAUACCGUAGACGAGGCGGCUUAUCAGUUGGGGGAAGACGGUAUUCGCACCAUCGCAGUCGGGGCAGGCCCGUCCAUAGACUUUGAGGAACUGGUCCAGAUAGCACAGGGAGACCCCGACCUCGUUUUCACGGUGAGCGACAUCAGCAGUCUGAGCAAAAUCACUACGGCGAUAGGUGUCGCUGCUUGCGCUGCGGAGGGAAACAAACGCAGAAGGACAACAACAACGACGACAACCUCAACAACUACGACAACAACGCCUACGACUACAACUACAACAACAACUACGACGACAACAACGCCUACGACUACAACUACGACGACAACAACGCCAACGACUACGACAAAUCCAUCGUUAAGUCUGUUGAAGUCAAAAACGGGCCAACCAUCUUUAGAACUGGCAAAGUCGAAGCUUCAGCUCACAGGCGUGUGUUCAUGGAAGGAGUGGUCGUCCUGUGACGCAGAGUGUAAGCAGACCAGGACUCAGGUGGGACUCCGCUGUACAGAACCUAAAACUGAGACACGGUCGUGUACCGGGGGAGAGUGCCCAGGUCAAAGUGAAUGGUCAAGCUGGUCACACUGGUCACCUUGUUCUCUGGCAACGUGUUGUUCCACGCGUCAUCGCAGGUGCACCAGUCUCCCUGCAGUGCGGUGUCCGGGACCAGCAUAUCAAUCUAGAUACUGCUUUAUCUGCUGCUUAUAUGGCAACAAUUUGGGCGGGUAUCGAAGAGGAUAUUUUUCAUGUUGAAAUGAAAAAACCGAAUCCAUCGUUACCGGUAUAUAAAGAAUUCGACCUUUGGGCGAUCAACGGCAUUCCCCAGGUUGUAAUUGCGGAGUGGGUUUUGUUUAAAUGUUUUAUUAAAACCAUAUUGGUUGCCGGUGUUUCUUUCUUAUUCAUCAUAAAUCAACAGACGAAAGAAUA